GCCUCUCCUCCAAGAACCGCCGAGUUCUUGGAAGCCCGGUCUUGGAUGAAAUCGCCGGAGCCUCCCCGCGAGCCGCCUCCCGGAAGCCCCGGGCGGCGCGACCGGAAGGACGCAGGCGCAGCGUCUUGACCUCGGCCUGGUCCAGUUCCGGGGUCGUUCGGCUCGGCUGUGCCAGUUCGGCGUCGGGCUCCCGCUUCUGUCGGGGCUGCUGCCUCUCGCCCACCGGCCCGGCCGGCCCGAGCAGCGCGGAACCGAGUCGGAUCCGGGUCCACCCGGCCCGGCCAUGAGCGCUGCCGCAUGAUGCGACGCCGCCCGCGCCGUUGCAGCCGCCGGCCGCCAGGAGCCUCAGCACUGGGCGACCCCGCCCGGGCCUCGGGCCACAUCACACAGGACAGCAUGUGGCUUACAGUCCUGAAAAAAAGGCACAAGUGCUCCCAUGAUGCUUAAAAGCAACUUGUAAGGGUGUUUCAGGGAACCAUGCAGCCGUCGGGACACAGGCUCCGGGACAUCGAGCACCAUCCUCUCCUGACUGACAAUGACAAUUACGACUCAGCAUCCUCCUCGUCCUCUGAGACUGACAUGGCAGACAGGGUGUGGUUCAUCCGAGAUGGCUGUGGCAUGGUCUGUGCUGUCAUGACGUGGCUUCUCGUCGUCUAUGCAGACUUCGUGGUGACCUUUGUCAUGCUGCUGCCUUCCAAAGACUUCUGGUACUCCGUGGUGAACGGAGUCCUCUUCAACUGCUUGGCGGUGCUCGCGCUGUCCUCCCACCUGAGAACCAUGCUCACUGACCCGGGUGCUGUCCCCAAAGGCAACGCCACGAAGGAGUACAUGGAGAGCUUGCAGCUGAAGCCAGGCGAGGUGAUCUACAAGUGCCCCAAGUGUUGCUGCAUCAAGCCGGAACGUGCCCACCACUGCAGUAUUUGCAAGAGAUGCAUUCGGAAGAUGGACCAUCACUGCCCGUGGGUGAACAACUGUGUCGGGGAGAAGAAUCAGAGGUUCUUCGUGCUCUUCACCAUGUACAUAGCUCUGUCUUCGGUUCAUGCUCUGAUUCUCUGUGGGCUUCAGUUCAUCUCCUGCGUCCGAGGGCAGUGGACAGAGUGCAGCGACUUCUCUCCUCCCAUAACUGUAAUCCUGUUGGUCUUCCUGUGCCUUGAGGGCCUCCUGUUCUUCACCUUCACCGCAGUCAUGUUUGGCACCCAGAUCCACUCGAUAUGCAAUGACGAAACAGAGAUCGAGAGGCUGAAGAGUGAGAAGCCCACGUGGGAGCGCAGGCUGCGGUGGGAAGGGAUGAAGUCUGUCUUCGGGGGCCCUCCCUCCCUCCUCUGGAUGAACCCCUUCGUUGGCUUCCGACUCAGGCGGCUGCAGAUGAGGACCAGGAAAGGAGGCCCCGAGUUCUCUGUCUGAGCCUUCAGGGCGGGAAUGUCUGCAGACAUCCGUGCUCAGUGGCCUGCGUGCACAGCAGCCUUGUGGGCAGAUGGAGCGGGCCAGCUGACGGGGCCAUGAGCAGCUUCAUGGACCACGGGCCACAGGCACUUGUCAUUUCUCUUGUGUACUGCCAGGAGAAGCAUGCAGUCCCGGGAAGCCAUCCUCUCACCAUCCUGACCCUUGGGAUGUCCCGUGGGCCGUGAGCACCCACGGGUGGAGUUGCUUCUCAGUCAUGAAGAAAGCCAGCACAGCAGCUGUUGGGAGUCCUGCUGGCCCAUCCCCAGCACACCCCACACUCCCUUACCAGAAGGAAGGGGUUCCACAGAGACUCUGGCUUGGAGGCCUCUGACACCCAGCACUGAACAGUGAAAGCAGCUUCCAGAACACUCCCUGCUGCCCCGGAACGGGCGUCCUUUGACCCUUCCAGCAAGUCUGUGUGUGCUCAUCCUUGUGUGUCUGUGUGGUGUGUGUGUGUGUGUGUGUGUGAGCAUGUGUCAGAAUCAGCAGUGUCGUUGAGGCACGUAUGUGGUAGACAAGCUGUCUUUCAGACUCCAGUGUUUCAGGGAAGUGGGACGCACUGCUGGCCCUUGCUGGCCUACUAUGAAUGUAUCCUACAGUGUCCAGAUCCAAAGAACAGGCAUGCCUGUGCAUGGGCCCGGCCUCCUGCUUUUAUUUCACUGAAAAUUUAGUGUUUGAGGGCGUGGAGCUGAGGUUUUGUUGUUCCAGCCAAACUAGCAACUGCAACAGUCUCUCAACAAGGAGAGUGGUAGCCCAUGCUGAGGCCCAGCGCUUUGGGGCAGGGGCUGUGGGGAGCUCAGCGUGAGAAGCCAGCCACCUAGGGCCCCUUGGGGCAGGUGCUGCAGGGUAAGACAGCCUGGUGCCUGAGCUGUCAGAGUGGUGACAUGUGACUAUUUCUCUACCCAUGGCACCGCAGUCAGUGGAGCCUUGGUGCGGGCUUAGAAUCCCGUCAGUACACAAACAGCUCCCCCUCAGGGGACUUGCCUUAAACUCUGGUUGUUCCUUUGCUGCUGGGUGAGAGCAGUCUGACAGAGUCUGGGGACUUCCUGAGAGUCUUCUCCCAUGCAGACACCAGUGUUUCCCUUCUGGGACCAGCUGCCUUUCUGUCCCUGGGACACCAUGACUGUUCUUUCGGUGUCAGUUGCUUGUGCCCUGCCCUCAUCUGGGCUCCUGUGCUACUGAGGUGACCCCCAGGGACCUGAGCCGAGCCCUCAUGCAGCGAGCAAACUCUGGGGCCCAAGUCCCUGCCGAGGGACAUCGAGGCCUCAGAUUGUCUCUGCGUUCCUUUGCACACGUGUCUGGGCAUGUAGGCUCUGGCGGUCUCACGCUCCAGUGUGGAGUCUGUGCGGUGAACCCAGGCUGAGUAUACUUGACGUUUCCAUUCCUCAGUGUGAUUUUAUAUGAAAUAAAGUAACCCGUCCACAGUU